CAAGGUAAUUUUAAUAGAUAAAGGUUGGUGGCAUUUUUCGUAUUAUUAAGUUGCGUAGGUUUUAAAAUCGUGCUACAUGUCGUAAAACGUAAAUAAUUGGUAGUUUGUACAGCAUGUGUGAUGUAAGUGACGAGAGUAUUUUUCACACAAAGAAACAAAAACUUUCAUCAGGUAACAAUGAAGACAAUAGUGAAAUACAUGUUAAAAAACGUGUCACAUCUGCCAAAACAUUUCAGAACUCGUGGCUGCAAGAAGAAAAAUUUCGAGGUUGGUUGCAGCCUGUUGAUAGCGACAAGAAUAAAGCAUUUUGCCGAGCUUGUAAUGUGGCUGUUUCUUGUGGCAAAAGUGAAUUGGAAAAACAUGCAGUUACAGGUAAGCAUGUCAAAAAUGUUAAACAAAUAGGAAGUAACCAAAGCAUUUUGAGCUGUUUUGCAAAAAAAGAUGAAAACAAGGUGCAUGUUGACAAAGUGAAGACUGCAGAAAUAAAACUAGCAACUUUUUUCGCUGAACAUAAUGUUGCAUUCCAGGUAGUUGAGCAUUUAAUUCCAGUGAUUAAGGAAGUCUUUAGUGAUUCGAAAAUAGCUGCCGAUAUUACACUAGGUCGCACAAAAUGCACACAAGUAGUAAAAAACAUUGUUGCACAAGUAGAAACAGAAAAGACAGUCGAGACACUUAAUUCACAUAACUCUUUUGUUACAAGAUUAAAGACUGUAACACCAGGUCUGAUAGUUCUUAACUGUAUCUGUCAUACAUCUGCUAUAAUAGCCAGCAAAGCAUGCGAGAAACUUCCCCGGUCAUGCGAAGAAUUAUUGCGAUGUGUGUGCAGUUAUAUUUCUGGAAGUGCUAAGCGGUGUGCCAUUUUGCGAGAGUUUCAAGAGUUUUUUAACACUGAACAGCGUAAGUUGCUCAAAUUAUCUGGUACAAGAUGGUUGGUAUUGCAUCAAUGUGUUGUUCGUCUUCUAGAGAACUGGGAACCUUUGCAACAAUACUUCCAACUUGCCAUUGUUGAAGAUAAACUUAAGAGUGCAGAGUUCAUUUUUAAUGAACUACAGAACCACUACACCAAGGCAUAUUUGCUUUUUCUCAAGUAUGUUUUGACUUAUUUUAAUUCUUUCAAUGCACUUUUUCAGUCAAGAAAAAUACUUAUACACAAGUUGUUGGAAGCAUCUAGCACCCUGAUAAACAAUUUUGCACAAAACGUUUUGAAAGCUGAGUGUCUCAAUCAGCUGAAACAGACAAAUGUGAACCAUCCUUCAAAUUUUCUCAACUUAGAGUCUAUCUAUCUCGGACCUGAGUGUAAGAAGUUUUUGCAGUCAUUGCCGGAAGACUGUGCCUCGAGUGUCCAGCAGUUCAGACUGAAGUGCCUUGAGUUCUACAUUUGUGCUACAGAUGAAAUGAAAAAACGUCUGCCUUUGGACAGUGAACUCUUUCGAGAAAUGAAAUUUGUAGAUCCAGCUGUUGCACUUGAAAAGUCAGAGAGAAAUGAAGUUAAGGAUUUAAUCACUUUAGCUUCGCAAAUAGGCGGAUUUGAUUUGAAUAAUUUAGCUGUCGAAUGGAGAAGUCUGCAACAUAGUAUAACUGAUGUGGAUCAGAAAAAGAAGUUAUUAGAAAUGGAUAUUGACACAAUGUGGGAUAAUAUCUCUCAAAUAAGAGAUUUCAGUGACAAAUUGUGUUUUCCAAACUUAAGUAGACUGGCUAAAUGUGUUCUCUCUCUUCCUCAUUCCAACGCAGAAGCAGAGAGGAUUUUUUCAAUGGUGACCGAUAUAAAAACCAAAAUAAAGGAAGAGGAUGGGUGAAGAGUCCUUAAAUGCAGUUUGUGUUGUCAGGUCAGCAUUUCAAACAAAUAACAUUGACUGCACAACUUUCAAAGUGCAUGAAAGCCACCUAAAACUUCAUAACAAGAAGAAUUUGUACUGCACUACAAAUGACGAAAGUUAAAAUUAAUUUUUUAUUUAACAGUGAAUGUGUUUGUGUAAAUAUAAAUUGAAAUAAAUACCUUUACGUUAAUGUUAGCUCUAAGAGUGUUACUAAUUUUUUUUUAAAAUAGCACGUGGGAAGUUUUGUAGAAAAAUGGGAUUUUUUUUGCCAUAACAUGGGAAUUUCACAUCUGUCUGGUUGGCAACACUGGCCGAAGAUUAACCCCCUCAGAUCGACAUGUCCUUCGGGCUGGUUCGUACAUGUUCGGGUUUGUGUUUUUUUUUUUUUUUUUAUCUGUACGUUCAAUAUACAAACAUUGCAUUAUUGAUUCAAAGAAUUGUAGACCAAUGUUAUUUUAUAUUUUUUUAAGAGUAAAACACAUGCACAAAAAUAUUUCUUUGUUACUAAUUAUGAGAUUUUCAGGCUUGUGGAGAACAGCUUUUUUUAUCUACUCUUUGGCUGGCCAAUGUAAAGAAGCAAUUAUUUCAUGAAUGCAGCGAGAGAGUUUAUUUGAUGUAUUUUUAAAUCACUGAUAAUAUUUAUUGAUGUAUUUUAAAAUCACUGAUAAUAUUUGUUUUGUGGCUGGAAGAUGGUAACCAUGGUGACUUGUGAAUUUUUAUGGAGGAUUAAUAAAAAGCAGUAAAAUUUAUUAAUGUUUGUCAGAAGGAAUUUUUUUUUCCAAUAAUCAAUCAAUCAUCUACACACUACAGUAACAAUUUUCCUUAACUCAAAUAAUAUUUCAAUACAUAUCUUAUAAAGUAUUCAUAUAUGUACAAUAUAGACCAAUUUUGAGCUAGUCUGAUAUCAGCAUAUUAGUUAUUAUGAACAUAUACUAUCAGAACUACCAUUUGCAUAUAGUGCACAUACAUACAUAACACUAGCCAACAACCAUUAAAAAAAAACACUACUAUAUACACUUACAUAAAAAAAAAAUCAUAGACAAGUACAGAUUAUUCACUAUUAUAUUCUAGAGCCAAUUCCAAUAAGUGUAUUAUCAACAAAAGAAAAUAAUUUUUUUUUAAAUAACAAUAUUUUGAUAUGAUGGAAAAUCUGUAUUCUGAAGUUCUUGUAUACUAUGUUUGGUAUCAAUCAAUGUAAAUUAAUCAAUCUUUGAUAAAAAAUAUCCCGAAAAUGAUUAAUAAAUAAAAAAAAAAUAUUGCCAACCAGCUCUGGGUUUUGCAUGAAGGUUCAACUUCUCUGACUUCUGAGAUUACAGACAAGAUUUUAAUUAAUAAUACUAUUGGCUUCAUUACUAGAUUAUCUUUCAACCUAUAAUUUAUUAUUUGAAUCAGUUCAUUGAACUGAAAUAUUUGCAACAAUUUCUUUAAAUGUUCAUGAACUUGGAUUAUUUAACAUACAAAUGUAGGUAGGCUUACUAGACCUUUAAUGCUAGAAGAUUGUAAUCACAUAGGCCUAAUUUCACAUUUACAACUAAGUCUUGGAGCUGAUUUACAUUAAUAUUUGUGCUAGCUAGACUUUGUAAUAUUUAAAAUUUUAUUUUCUGCAAUGUUCCAAAGAGCAUUGCUCUAUUUUGGAACAAAACAAUUUAAUCUGACAGUUUGUUACAACCAUAGAAAAGAGAGGGAGGGAGUUACAACACUAUUCUUCAUAAAACAAUGCACAUUAGCCUGUAUGAAAUGAAUUAGAUCUAACAUAAGAACUACAAACUGCACAUUUGCACUUAAAAUAUUCAUCAAACAGUUAGGGAAAGAGAUUAAACAUAACACUUAAUUCUUAAAUCGUCAUACUACAUUUUAGUUAUCACACUUAUGUUUGUAUGUGAACAGAAUCAGAUAUUAGCACUGCAAAUGCACUUUUAACACUAAUAAUUAUAUCAAACACAAAUGAUAUCAGUAACAUCAUACUUCAUUUUUGGUGUUACAGUAAGCUUCCAUAAAUGUUUCUUUUUCUCAGAACACACAUCAGAAAACUUUUCUUGAAUUUAAACAUUAAAAUAAAUUUUUAAAUAAUGAUUUGUUACAUAGCAAACCUUCAAAAUAUGAUUUACUUCCAAUUUUUGGAUAAACACCAUUGAAGUUUUGCAUUGUUUGCCAUGGAAAACUAUGGAAAUAAAUAAUUAAAAAUAUAAAGACACAACUGAAUCAGCUGUAGUUGAACAUACAAAACCAGCGAGGAGAAUAAAAAUAUAAUAAAAUAUAAUAUGUUAAUAUGUUCACUAAAGGUAUGCAAUGGAUGGAGGAUGCCCUACAUUAAUAAUAAUUAGUAACAGAGAACAAAGCAAAUUUGUAGAGAAGAGACUUAACAUUAGUAGAAUAAUAAAAUUCCGAAAAGGGCCGUUUCAAAAAUUGCAAACAUUCCUACACAUAAGAAGCCCUUAAUCUCAAAGACUUCAUUCAGUAUACUGGUCAUUACCUGCUGCUCACGAUCUGUAAAGGUAAGGUAAUUAAAUUAAUGGGGGAAAAGGUAAAAAGCAUUAUUUGGUUUGUGGUCUUAUAAAUGUGGUCAUGAGAGGCAAAAAUUAGGUCUCUGUGUUUAAGUGCUCACUUUUCUGUCACCAUUCUCAGCAAGGUCAUUAAUGGAUCUUUUGAUAGUGGGGAACAUAGCAAACAUUGCAGUGGUUAGUUGGUUUUCUCAGAGUUCUUACGUUACUCCACCCAUCUGUUCUGUCAUUAGGUAUAUCAUUAGCAUUUUAUAGCCCUUCAUUUUUUUGUAAUGAUCUAGAGGUCACCAAGCUGAAAGCUUAAUUCAUUUCCUUCAUUGACAGAUAUAAGGGUUUAGGAUUUGAACCAAGCAAGAUAAACAUUUUAAUGUUGCCUGCUUCGUCUUCUAUAGAAAAUAAAAAAAUAAAAAAAUUGCUGCACUUUUUAAGGCAUUAAAAAAAUUGUUAUAGCCGGUUUCACUGUCUACAUAUCCCGGAAUAGUGUUAUCUUUAUCACUUUUGGUACAAUUUUUCAAAAUAUCUCUUGCUAGAUCAAAAAAACGAUGUCAUUGUUCACGUUCAAAAGCUGUAGCUAUAGGUAUUUUUGUUUUCCUAACCUAUCUAAAACUAAGUGUAUUUUGGAGGGGUCCGGGUUAGGGAGGGACCUAGGUGCGUCUCAGGCCGAAGCCUAUACGCCUAGUCAUGCUGGGAUUAGCCAUGCAGGGAGAGGGUCGCAUGCAUCAUGUGCUAGGAGGGGAUUGGCCAGCCAUGGCAGCGAU